AUGGAAGUCAUAGAGGAAGAUCUCGAAUAUAUCAAUUACCCAUUUGAUGAAUUAUCAAAGAAAGAACAAAAAAUUGAAACUCGUAGAUACACAUCGGUAAGAGAAUGCCUCACCAAUAAAAUAACGAAUGAGUCCUUAGCAAUCAAUAGAAUAAAGAAAAAUGCUCAACAAUAUUUAACCUCCCUCAUAAAUAAGUACAAUUCUAUUUAUAACGAUAGUGCCACUUUAAAUGAAUAUUUCAACACUAAAAGGUUAAAUAAUAACCAUGAUUUAACAAAUGUUCAGGAAUCAACCAGAUUGCACAUUGAAAUGUCCCAAGCCGUUGAAGCAUCAGAGGGGAUGAUUGCAGAUAUGGAAGAUGAGUUCAUAACGAACAUAGAAGUAGACAUAAGUGCUUUACAAAAUAGCUCAGACAGAUUAAAAUAG